GUUCAAAAGGCUCGGUUUCCACCUCCGGUGUCGAGUAGCCGCCAUCUUUGUAUUCGUUUAAAUACAAAAAUAUUAUUUAUUUUCAUUAACUAAGGUAAGGAGAAUAGAAAAACAAUUGGGUAUAGUCAAUGUACUUAUGUCUGCAGCCUAAGAGCAUUUAUUUGAAGCCUUAUCGAGGUAAGAACUACACAACGUUAGCAUGCGUCCAUUCGGGAUUCCGCCUCCAGCUAACGUUAGCUCUUAUUAAAGUUAGUCAGGCAUUAGCUAGCUAACUAUGUGGAGCCUUAGCUCUGGCUAGUUACGAGACCGAGUAACACAGCAACGUGGUAGUUUCGAAGCUGGCACAUUGUGCGAAAAUCCACAUUAAUCACACGCACCAAACAGUUUGUAGAACUUUCACAUUUCUUAGAAGUGCGUGUUCUUAAUAUGAGAUGGUAUAAAUACUCGCACGGUAAAGGUGAUGGCGUCUCACGUCUUUGAUAAACAAGCAAUUAUAAAUUAAUCGAACGUUAAAAUCUGAAAAAUUGCGCGAAACCAUUUGAUGAGGCGUGCGAGAAAGAAUGCUGUUAACCGGAUGUGGAAGUAGUUUUUUCUCUUCGUGUAAAAUAGGAAUUUCUGACUUCCCCCGGAAAACCAACAACUUAAUAUCAAAGAGUUUCCUGUCAUGUAUUUAAAUGUCGUGGUUGUUAAAUAAUGUGGGUGAAUGAUUUAACGGAUAAUGUAACACAUGGCCGCCUCUUGUUCGUUUUCACCACCGAGGCGCAUAAGAUGGCUACUCAUCGUCUCCAUCAUCAUCACGCUUUUGCAAUGAGAGCCUCAUGUUAUAGUGGGCUUUCAUGAUGUAGCAAUAAUAAACCAACUAGCUAGCUACAAUGUAACAAACAAAAACAAAGUGCACAUCAAGCUGUUCACAUUUUACUAACAUGUUACUUUGUGUCAAACAAAACACUGCAUGAUUGUUUACCGAUGCAUGAUUCCGAUCAACACGAUUUUCAACAGUAUACCAAGCCUAUUAUUCCCUGUUGGACCUUAUGGAAAACUACCAUCACUUAUUAUAUCAACAUUGAGUGAUAGCAAAAGGUGUCGAGUGAUGUACGUUAUAUCUGUAAGAUAACCACUAACUUUAUAACAUUAAUUGUGUUGUGCUCAAAUAGGACGUCUGAUAAGCAUGUAUCCGGAUUGGAUCGACUCAUUCGCCUAUAUUGCGCGAGUCUAUGCAGCAACAAUAUAAACCAGUGUCGUUUACAGAGUCCUGUCGCCCAGACACUCCACAGAACGAAAGCGUGCCCCUUUGUUGCCGUGUGUUUUUUGGUCUAUUUCACGAUUGAUUUCUCACAUUACUAACUCCAAGUUAUAAAUCAAACCACAUUUUAUUUGUCACAUGCUUCGUAAACAACAGUGCAGAGAGAAAAAUACUAACACGAGGAAUAAAUACACAAUGAGUUACCAGAUAACUCGGCUAUAUACAGGGGGUACCACUACCGAGUCCAUGUGCAGUGGUACGAGGUAAUUGAGUUAGAUAUGUACAUAUAGGUAGGGGGAAAGUGACUAGGAAACAGGAUCGAUGAUAAACAGUAAAAGCAGCAGCGUAUGUCAUGAGCCAAAGUUGUAAAUUCCAUUACUACUAGAAUACUUCCAUGAUUGCUGUUGUUAAACAAAAUUAAUCUAGCAUAGCUAAUAACGUAACUUUAUGUAUGUAAAAUCUGAAAUGGGAUUAAAACACAUCUAGCUAUGUUCAUUUGUAAAAAUAUGUACAGGGCAGUGUCCUCUCAUUUGAUUAAGCUAGACAAAAAUGCAUGAGAACCCUAACCCAUUAUUGAGUUUCCAAAGCUGGCAUAAAAGUACAUACUUUAUCAAGUAGGGCCCUGUGUUUUGGUUAAUCAUGUCAUAUGACCUGGAUUUUAACCUAUAUUUUAAGCCUUUUUCAGAAAUGAGAAUUGGACCAAGAAUGAAAGCAAUUGUCUGAGGAUGAUGCUGGACCAUCUGACAUAAAAAGAAAAGGGGACAAUUUGAUGAAAAUGCUUUAAAUAAAGGUUAAAAUCCAGGUCAUGUGACACAAUUAACCAAAACACAGGGCCCUAUUUAUGUGUACACUAUAUGAGCUGUAACAGGUAGGAAGGCCUACAUUGUGUGAACUGUUAACUUCACAACCACCUAAUAUUGUGUAUGUAACAGCACUGCAACAGUUGCAUACGUGUACAAUCACAUAGGGCCAAAUGCUGCAAGCUUUGUAAUUGUGUUGUCUCAGAUGUCGCUGGUGGAUUUGGGGAAGCGACUACUUGAGGCUGCACGGAAAGGCCAGGACGAUGAAGUCAGGACACUCAUGGCCAACGGGGCUCCCUUCACCACAGACUGGGUAAUGAUUCCUCUCUUAACUUCUCUAUCUGGGAAAUGUUCAUUAUCUGCUUCAGUUUAACUAGUUUUACCCAACCCAGGGUUUUGGCUGGUUUGUGUUAUGCAAAAAAAUAUAUGGAAGAUCAUAAGUAAAAAGUUGUCUGAAGUGCCAGUCCAGUUCAACUGUAUGGUGUUUUGACUCUUUGUCCCUUUUUCUCUUUGGCACUCUGAGCAGCUGGGCACAUCCCCAUUGCAUCUGGCCGCCCAACACGGACACUAUUCCACCGCCGAGGUGCUGCUCAGGGCAGGGGUCAGCAGGGACGCCCGAACCAAAGUGGACAGGACUCCCCUGCACAUGGCUGCUUCAGAGGGCCACAUUGUCAUCGUGGAUCUAUUAGUCAGGGUACACACGUCUCUUAUCUAAGGUUUUAGCUGUUCAUUGUGUGUUUAGGCCUGAAACCUAGGUUGGGUCUGACCUGGCACCCUAUUCCUAAUAUAGUGAACUACUUUUGACCAGAGGCCAUUUUCAGAUGCGGAGUCCUAGUCUUUCUCUGACCAACAUUUAUUAAAUCUAAGUACACUAGAAAACAUGGAUACAUGUGCGAAGAAAGCAGAAAAACUGCCAGAUCUGCCAAGUGUCUUACCCUGUCCCCCUCAUUUCUCCUGGGUCACUCUCUACAGAGUGGAGCAGACAUUAAUGCCAAAGACAUGCUGAAGAUGACUGCUCUCCACUGGGCCGCCCAGAACGGCCACCAAAGGGUAGCAGAGACGCUCGUCAAACAUGGUGCCGAUGUUCACGCUCUCAGUAAAUUCGAUAAGACGCCAUUUGACAUCGCAGGAGACAUCCAGAAUGCAGACCUAAUGCUCCUACUACAGGUGAGACCUUAAGUUGUAUGUGGAAUCUUAUUGAAAGAAGGUUUCCAUGUACUAUUAUAGACUCCAAAAAAGAAAAAUGUACCUAAGGAUUUGCUCCAAAAAUGUGCAUUUCUUAUUUUGAACUUCUUUGACAUUAUGCUCCUUUAGGAUUACAAUGCAUUUACAUAAUUAUCCAGAUACAGAUGUUUUUGCAUUGCUUCUUAUUUCAAUGCAGCACUUUACACAACUGUUCUCUCCUUUGUUUGUAGUAACUCUGAUGAUCUGUAUCCUGGCAGUCUCCCCUGUCUGUGGUCUUGUGUGUAUGCUCUGAUAGUGUUGUUGACAAUGUGUUUAUCUAUAGGAGGGAAUGCAGAACCAGGUGAACAUGAACGCAGAGGCUGGCAUGACUGGGAGCUCGGCCCAGCCUCAGUUUAUCAUCCAGGGCAUCCCAGGGCUCCAGGGGGGCGUGGUGAACCUAGCGGACCUCCUCAACAACGCUGCCAAGGCCAACUCUGGUAGGCUCCAGGGGGGCGUGGUCAACCUGGCCGACCUCCUCAACAACAUCAACUCUGGUAGCUACUGUAUAUAUAUAUAUAUAUAACACACACACACACCAAACCUCCUUCAGUUAGGCUAGGGAACAUACUAUUUAAAAUGACUGGUCUUCUGACAAAGGCUUUGUGGCUGUUAUAAUCACAGGAGGUUGGUGGCACCUUUAAUUGUGGAGGACGGGCUCGCGGUAAUAACUGGAGCGGAAUCAGUGGAAUGGUAUCAAAUAAAGCCAUGUGUUUGAUACCAUUUGCGCCGCUCCAGCCAUUAUUAUGAGCCGUCCUCCCCUCAGCAGCCUCCACUGGUUAUGGAAAGAAAAGGCCACCCAGUUUGGUGGGGAAAAAACCCAGCUGGUCUCUCCAGUUAACAGCUGCAUCUGAGUUCAAGGAUCCCCCUGCCUCAGAGCAAUAUGCUCCACGCUUCUUUGUUUCCUCUAGUCUAGUGCCUAGUCCCUGGCCUUUAUCACUCUGAUCUCAUAAGAUGGUAAGGUCUUCUGAUGCUGUGUGGUCCCACACAACGGGGUAGUGACCACCACAAUGUGAGAGAUGUGGGAAUCAAAGGUCAUGCAGAAAAUAAACAUUGAUUCUCACCGAUCAGAUGUAAAUACUUUCUCAAAGCUUGAAAUCCUUUGCACUUUAACAUGUUACUACUGUAUGUAAUGCUUAUUUAAAUGAGAAGAUUGAGCCAACACUUUGACUGCCACAAAGUACAGUCCAAAAUAUGUAUACAGUUGAAUUCGGAAGUUUACAUACCGGUACUUAGGUUGGAGUCAUUAAAACUCGUUUUUCAACCACUCCACAAAUUUCUUGUUAACAAACGAUAGUUUUGGCAAGUCGGUUAGGACAUCUACUUUGUGCAUGACACAAGUAAUUUUUCCAACAAAUGUUUACAGACAGAUUAUUUCACUUAUAAUUCCCUGUAUCACAUUUCCAGUGAGUCAGAAGUUUACAUACACUAAGUUGACUGUGCCUUUAAACAGCUUGGAAAAUUCCAGAAAAUGAUGUCAUGGCUUUAGAAGCUUCUGAUAGGCUAAUUGACAUCAUUUGAGUCAAUUGGAGGUGUACCUGUGGAUGUAUUUCAAGGCCUACCUUCAAACGCAGUGCCUCUUUGCUUGACAUCAUGGGAAAAUCAAAAUAAAUCAGCCAAGACCUCAGAAAAACAAUUGUAGACCUCCACAAGUCUGGUUCAUCCUUGGGAGCAAUUUUCAAACGCCUGAAGGUACCACGUUAAUUUGCACAAACAAUAGUACACAAGUAUAAACACCAUGGGACCACGCAGCCGUCAUACAAAGAUCUUACUUUUUGGAGAAAUGUCCUCUGGUCUGAUAAAACAAAAAUAGAACUGUUUGGCCAUAAUGACCAUCGUUAUGUUUGGAGGAAAAAGGGGGUCUCUUACAAGCCGAAGAACACCAUCCCAACCGUGAAGCACGAGGGUGGAAGCGUCAUGCUGUGGGGGUGCUUUGCUGCAGGAGGGACUGGUGCACUUCACAAAAUAGAUGGCAUCAUGAGGAAGGAAAAUUAUGUGGAUAUAUUGAAGCAACAUCUCAAGACAUCAGUCAGGAAGUUAAAGCUUGGUCGCAAAUGGGUCUUCCAAAUGGACAAUGACCCCAAGCAUAUUUUUUAUUUUUUUUUAGUCAUUUAGCAGACACUCUUAUCCAGAGCAACUUACAGUUAGUGAGUGCAUACAUUAUUAUUAUAUAUAUUUUUUCAUACUGGACCCCCGUGGGAAUCGAACCCACAACCCUGGCGUUGCAAACGCCAUGCUCUACCAACUGAGCUACAUCCCUGCCGGCCAUUCCCUCCCCUACCCUGGACGACGCUGGGCCAAUUGUGCGCCGCCCCAUGGGUCUCCCGGUCGCGGCCGGCUACGACGGAGCCUGGAUUCGAACCAGGAUCUCUAGUGGCACAGCUAGCACUGCGAUGCAGUGCCUUAGACCACUGCGCCACUCGCCAAAGUUGUGGCAAAAUGGCUUAAGGACAACAGUCAAGGUAUUGGAGUGGCCAUAACAAAGCCCUGACCUCAAUCCUAUAGAACAUUUUUGGGCAGAACUGAAAAAGCGUGUGCGAGCAAGGAGGCCUACAAACCUGACUAAGUUUACACCAGCUCUGUCAAAAUUCACCCAACUUGUUGUGGAAGGCUACCCGAAACGUUUGACCCAAGUUUAACAAUUUAAAGGCAAUGCUACCAAAUACUAAUUGAGUGUAUGUGAACUUCUGACCCACUGGGAAUGUGAUGAAAGAAAUAAAAGCUGAAAUAAAUCAUUCUCUCUACUAUUAUUCUGACAUUUCACAUUCUUAAAAUAAAGUGGUGAUCCUAACUGACCUAAAACAGGGAAUUUUUACUAGGAUUAAAUGUCAGGAAUUGUGAAAAACAGAGUUUUUAAAUGUAUUUGGCUAAGGUGUAUGUAAACUUCCAACUUCAACUGUAUAGGCUUAAACAUGAACUAUUUCCUAAUAUAAGAAUGACGGUCGACACUAAAAGUUAACCUUUUCUCCCUCUCUUUGACCCUUUGUCUGACAGCAGGUGACUCAGAGGAAGCCAUAGCAGCCAAUUCUUUGGACCCCGGCAGCAUCCAGCACAUGGUGAACGAGCAAGGUCAAAGGGUUAUCACCAUAGUCACCGACCAACACGGCAACCUGCAGACUGGAGGGCUUGGUCAGCCGUUCUUUGUCACCAUGCAGCACGGACAACCGAGUAAGAGAACUUCUCACUUUUAGUCACUUAACGGUGCUCUAUUUCAGCCUGUAGCCACUUCCUAUAGCCCCUAUCCAUUUGCGAACAGUUUCCUGGACCCUACUCGUGGACUGAAAAAGCAUGCUCAGUGGAGAAUCUCAAUUGAAAGCUCUUUUGAGUCUAGGAGUAGGCUUUCUCUGGGGCUGGGAAACCAGCACUUGGUUUUCUAAUGCUGCAUUCAUAACCAAGUGGGAAGGUGGUAUUUACCACAUACGACUGGGAAAAUCCACUAUCGCCCCCUCCAACUGGUAAUUUCUAGUGGGAAACUCGUCUAUCAUCCCUGAGCUCUGACUUCUCGUACAUGCUGAACUCUGACGUCACCUACUAAGGAAAUUACUUUGAUAAAAGCAUUUUCAGAAGUUAAAUGCAACAACAAAACAUUAUUUAUAAAAAACAAUCUAUUAAUAUGGUUGAUGUAGCUUGUUGGCCAUUAGCCAAUCUGCGUUUCUUAACGAGUUCAAAUAAUGUAAAUGCAUCUAACUGGUAUUUGUGACUUCACAACUGGUAAUUACCACCUUCCCACUUUGUUAUGAACACAGCAUUAAAGUAGUAGAGACGUUUAGCCAUAUGGUGGAAUGUCCACUUACCCUACAAUAGGGUUUCCCAAACUCGGUCUUGGGCACCUCCCUGGGUGCACGUUUUGGUUUUUGCCCUAGCACUACACAGCUGAUUCAAAUCAUCAAAGCUUGACGAUGAGUUGGUUAUUUGAAUUAGCUGUGUAGUGCUAGUGCAAAAAAACUAAAUGUGCACCUAGGGGUGGCUCCAGGACCAAGUUUGGGAAACCCUGUCCUACAAGAAACCUUAUUGUUGUGACAGUGUGAACCUUGUGUUUGUAGACAACAGUUUUUAGCUUUCUGGCAGAUUUGUUUUGUGCUAGUUGCUUUGUAGAACAAUAUGUGUACUACUUCAUAAUUUAUGUAGUUUAAUAAGUAACCUAUAGUCACUUUCGAUACUGUAUGUUUCUCCAGGCUCUGAGCUGUUGUUGUCUGUUGAUUUGCAGUGUUGGCGAUGCCAGCCAAUCAGGUGACAGAGGUGGUUGAGGAGGAACCCCAGCCCCCGCCUUCCCGCAAGAGGAAGCUGGAGGCCUUGGCCAACCACAUGGAGUCUGGAGACACGGUCGGGGGGGCACAUUUUAGAUCACUUUUCUCUUGUGCAACACAUUGAACUGAUAUGCUUCUGCCAUUUAACUGGUUUCUGACUCAAGCAAAAUGUUAUGUUCAUAUAUUUUGUAUUGAAUAUUGCUCUAGAGAUUCUAGAAGCUGCUGUGACAUUUUUGGGGGGCUUAAAUUAGAAAACAAACCCUUUAGAUUAUUUGGUACUUUGAUACUGUGCAGUUGGCACAAGUGGGGUGCAAGUGUGUGACCUGCAGUCUAACCUUUCUGUCCUUCCUCCUCUCCAUCCAUUUCUCAUCCAUCUGUCUAGGAGCAGUUACAGAGGCAGCUGCAGGAGGCCAACCGGAAAGCCCAGGAGUACCGGCAGCAGCUGAUGUGCAAAGAGCAGGAAGCAGAGCAGUACCGUAUGAAGCUGGAGGCCAUGUCGUACAGCCAUACCAACGGCACCUCCGAGCAGGAGGAAGUGGUUGGGGGCGAGGAGGAGGAGGAGGUGCAGGAGGAGGGGGUGCAGGUGGAGACGUCGGGCGGCGAGGAGGUGGUGCUCCAGGAGGGAGCCAUCAUCAUCAAGACGGAAGAGCUGGUGACGCUGGUGGAGUCGGCGCCCUCCCACACCGAGGUCAUCUUAUAA